AUAAAAGAACGUUUCUAAUUGCCAGUUAACAACAAACGGUUCUAAGCCCUUUAACAGUUAACAUAAGCAUUCCGAGCUAAAGUAAAAAUAAAUAAAUUAAUAAAAAUGUUCAAAUACUUGGUGUUCGCUAUGCUUUUGAGCUUGGCUGCUGCCCGUCCCGGUUUUUUUGGCCCGGCUGUAUUUGCUCCUGGUCCAGCUGUGGUUAAAGUAGUCGGACCAGCGGUAUAUCCUGCUCAUCCUCCGUUUAUUAAAGUGGUCGGACCUGCUGUUCUUCCCGCUCCUGUUGUUACCAAGGUGGUGCAUCCUUUCCCUCUCGUGGCUGGUCCCUUCUAUCCUCACGGCCCCGUCGUAGUUGGUUAAAACUUGCUAGUUUCAAAAUUUUGAACUUUCCAUCUAAUAUUGCCCGCCACACUACACUUUGAAAUUAUUUCGUUUUCGCUUGAGUUUCGAAACACCCAUCGUGUACCUUUAUUGUAAAAAUUUGUGUACUUGUCAUAUAAUGUAGUAGAAUUUUUUUUUUUUUUUUCUCAUUUUAACUCAUAUCUGUGUUCAAUGGUUUAUAUUAAAACAAAAAAAAAAA